CCCACAGAAACUGAGAUGUGCCAUCAGCUGGCUGUGACACGGACACACCGCUCACCACUCCUCGCCCUCAUCCCUCCCUUCAAACCCUCUCACUGCCAUCUCCCGACAUCAGCCGAAUGAGGGGACUGGGGAAGAAAAACCAAGUGAGUGAAAGAAAGAAAUAAGCAGGGAGCGCUGCUCCAUGGUCACUCGCCCAUUGGAAGCUCGAGAGCGCAUUUUGGAUUCGACUUUUUCUUGGAGGGGACUUGAGAGAAAGAAGAAACAAGCGUUUGUUGGUGUGCCAAAGGCGAACAGCCAUGCACCUGAAUCGGGAAGACGAGGACGGAAAAGGUUCUUUGUCACUGAGUGUGUUCCUGGUAUCUGUGGGUUUAACGGUGUGUGUCGUGUGGCUGGUGGCACUAUGCGGGGUCUGUGGAUGGUGCCAGCGCAAACUGGGAAUGAGGAAUAAGCCAGGGGUGGAGACAGCGGGGACCCCGGACUCGGUGUCUGUUUCUGGGAGAGGACGAGGAGAAAAUAAAGCCAUCAAUGAACUCGACAGGGACUUUUGGAAUAACAACGACAGCAGCAAUGUGCAGCAGCGUUGGAGCUCCUAUCCGCCCAAGGAGUUCAUCCUCAACAUGUCCCCCUACGCCCCCUACGGAGACCCUCGCCUCACGCCCAAUUUUGGGGACCCCUCUCUUUCCACCACCUCCACCUUGGAGCAUAUCCCGUCCUCAGCAGCCCGCCCCAGGCCCCUGGUCAGGCAGCAAAGCCUCCAGCAGCCCCUUACCCACCAGCCCCCGCCAGGCCCCAACGACCCCCCUGCCACCUCCCAGAGUCUGGGCCAACUGCACACUGGACCUGGGGGUGGGGGCCUCCGGGGGGGCCCGCGGGGGGUGCGUGGUAGCCCGGCUGGGGCAGGGGCGUCCCGCUACAGGUCGGGUGGAGGGGCACGAUCGCGUUCCAACCCUGGAAGCUGGGAUCACAUGGUGGGACAGAUCCGGAACAGAGGCAUGGAUGUCAAGUCAUUUCUAGAGGGGAAGAUGGUCGUUCUGUCCCUCGCGAUCGGAUUGGCCGAACAAGAUGACUUUGCCAACCUUCCAGAUCUACAGGAGGUGCCAGCCAACAAAGAAACCCCUCCCGCCGACAAAAGAUCUAAUAAACCCGGCAGCAGCCCUAAAGGUCAGACCCCAGACGAGAGCAGCCGCCGGACAGACGCUAACUCCUCCGUCUCAGACCUGGCCAACUCUGUCACCAGUGAUAUGCUGAUGUUGUCCCCAGGCUCUGAGGAAGAGGAACACGAAGGACCCGUGUGCGAGAAAUUGGGACGCAUCCAGUUCAGCGUGGGAUACAAUUUUCAGGACUCCACACUGACAGUGAAAAUCCUGAAGGGUCAGGAUCUACCUGCGAAAGAUUUCUCCGGCACUUCAGAUCCAUUCGUCAAACUCUACCUUCUGCCAGACAAGAAGCACAAACUUGAGACCAAGGUCAAAAGAAAGAACCUCAACCCUCACUGGAACGAGACCUUCCUGUUUGAAGGGUUCCCGUUUGAGAAGGUGGUCCAGCGCACGCUCUACCUGCAAGUGCUAGACUAUGACCGUUUUAGCAGGAAUGACCCUAUAGGGGAGGUGUCCAUCCCCCUGAACAAGAUCGAUCUGGCCCAUGUGCAGACCUUCUGGAAGGAGCUGAAACCCUGCAGCGAUGGCAGUGGGAGUCGAGGAGACCUGCUCGUGUCUCUGUGUUACAAUCCCACUGCCAACACCAUCACUGUGAGCAUCAUCAAGGCACGCAAUCUCAAAGCCAUGGACAUCGGGGGAACAUCUGAUCCCUACGUCAAAGUGUGGCUGAUGAACAAAGAUAAACGAGUGGAGAAGAAGAAGACGGUGGUGAUGAAGAGGUGUUUGAACCCCGUGUUUAAUGAGUCCUUUCCCUUUGAUGUCCCCACUCACGUCCUCAGAGAGACCACCAUCAUCAUCACAGUCAUGGAUAAGGACAGACUGAGCCGCAAUGAUGUCAUAGGCAAGAUCUAUCUCUCAUGGAAGAGUGGCCCAGCAGAGGUAAAGCAUUGGAAAGACAUGAUGAGUCAUCCGCGCACUGCCGUUGCCCAAUGGCACGCUCUCAAAGCUUGAAGGACCCGCCUACCAAAAUUUGUUUAUGGAGACCCUUCCUUAAUUCACUGCUUUUAUUUUUCCCACCAAAAAGAGGCUAAGCACUGCCAAGAAGCCUGGGGGAGAAACCGAGAGAUGAGUAAACAGACUCGUCUUCCUUGAGAAAAAAGUUUGACAACUCAACUGUUCUCUGAUCAGCUGAACAGGGUGACUUCUAUCAUCGCUGAACUUGAAACGGCUGAAAACAAUCUCCCGAACAGACCCUUUUAUUGCCAUGUUUGUGUCUCACCUCCCUUGCGCCGUCCCUCUGACCAUACGGAAAGAUCCAGAAGGAUCGCAACCACAGUGCAAUACUUAGUUGAAGGAGGGAUGAACUUGUUGUGUGUUGGACGUCGUCACCUCUUGAUGUUUUUCUCGGAACAGUGUAGAAAUUCGCUGGAACUCUUCGUUGUCUUUAUGUACUGUAGGUGCUGUUAUGUGACGGAAAAAAGAGGUCUUGUUUAAAAAA